AUGGGCGGUUACCUGAGCCGGCCUUGCCCUCGCCGCCCGCAGUUACCUGCUCUGCGAGGCGGGGACCAGCCGGAGAGACCCGAGAGCCUCGGGCCUGCGCAUCCCGCUCGCCGUGUUCCCCUCCCUUUCCGGGUUCACUCGGCGGUCCCAACCCUGGACCUGGCUCACAGGUUGUCAUAUGAGGAUCCUGUGGCUUCACCCCGUCGUCGUUGGCACCGUCGGCUGUUUAUCAUAGCCCGUCGGUGGCAAUAUCCAAUCCAGCAAGCCUGGUGUUUAUUUCUGGGGGUCUUUUCCUUAGUGCCCCAGAGUGGCCAUCAGAAGCCACUGCUGUCUGCUUGCAGCUCCAAGAUGUUCUGUACCUCAGUGAUCCUGAAGAUGGCACCUGCUAAGGGCAAACUGACGCUCCUUUUGGCUCUGAAGCAGAUAAUCAUCUGUAUGUGGUCUUCACUGUCUGUUCACCUCCCAAACUUUUGUGGAAAAGAGAUCCUGGUGAGGGCCCUCGAAGAAAGCGGUCAACUGAGAGCCAAGGAAGAGAAGGACCUGACAGCCCUGGCUGAGAGCAGGAAAGGGCUAACAAAGCAAAAGAAAGGACACUCAGCUCCCGAGAGUCAGGACGAACAGAGAAGGGGAUCGAACCCCGGUGGGAAUGUGCAGUCCGUGUUUAGACCCCUGAUGCCCAAUGGGGUCCUCUCUUCCUCUGUGCCCAGGCCUGGGCCUCUGAAGAGAGACUUCUGUUCCAAGAGCUCUGAAGAUAUCCUGAUUAGGAAAUCCCAGACCUACUUUUUGAGCUCAUGCAGCAAACGAAAUGCCAUCACCAGUUCAUACAGCUCCACUAGAGGUUUCCCACAGCUGCAGAGGAGCGGUCCAGGCGCAGCGGGGCUCCUGGGCCCAGUCUCAUCGCAUCCUCGUGUGCUCUCAAAGAAAGCCAGCGAGGAAGGCUGUCAGUCUAGCCCUUCAGCCUCAGUGGAACCACAGAGGAAGAUUAAGCGUGAAAAGGUUGCAGAUGGCCCCUUAGAGCAGAAACAAAACUUAAAUUGCUCACAGCCAUCUGACAGUUCCAGGCCCCGGAAAAAGAAACGCAAGAUUCCUCUGCUGCUGCCCUCGAGACGAAAUGGCCCACUGAUUUUGCCCCCACCACCCCAACUUGGUUAUCCAGUGGUUGCUGAAGACCUUGACUUGGAGAAGAGAGCUGCGAUCCAGUGGAUCAACAAGGUCUUGGAAGGGUAA